UUCUUUAUCCUGUGUUAAAGGGAACAAUGGAAGAGUCUUCCGUGAUCAAGACAACACGUAUCCUCACCUCAAUCACCGGAGGAGCUCUGAUGCUGUAUUUUAAGAAAUGGCGUAAAAGUGAGGGAUUGGAAGUAACUAGAGUCGACAUGAACAGGAAUGAGGAAACAGCCUUGGUACAUUUCAAAGGACCAAAGUUGAAGCCUGAGCUGUUGCAAAAAUCUCACAAGAUUGGAGGGGUGACAUUUUAUACGUCCCUCUGCACCGAAUGGCUGAAGGUACCACCCCCAUUCUCCCUCCAAGACCUAGAUCCACAGAAGAUACGUUUCAUCAAAGAUUCCGUACGGAAUCUGCUGGAUCUUGAGAGGCAGUUGCAGGAUAUUUAUACGACGGUCGAAUUUGGAGCUGAAAAUUCUGUUAUCCUGAAAUGUUGCCUUACCAAAGAUGUUCCUGAUGCAAAGCAUAGAGCUGAUUCAUGGGAAGUUGAUGUUAGAAGGCAGUGUCAACAAUUUUUUAGUUCACUUGUCAAUGAACAAAUAUUUGUACCCCUUGAAAUUCGGAGCAACGUAAUUACAGCCAUUGGCGACCUACAAAUUCCCAACCCGGAUGAAGCAGUUGUACACUCUUAUCCUGAGACAGGUCUUAUAGUUGUGGUUGGCCACAAGGUCAUCACAGAAAAGUUGAUGGAAGAGCUGAAAGAUAUUAUUCAAAAAGCACAGAACGCUCAUAGGUAUAGAACAGAGCAAACCACUCAGACGAAAACAGUAAAGUUGUGGCAGUUGCGUUUACUGAAAAAAGUGAAUUUUGACAGCGACAUGUCCAGGAAAUAUCAAAAUCUGAAAAUUGAGUUUGAUUUAAACAAGAAGAUAACAUUUUCCGGGGUUUUGUGUGACGUGGAAUCUGCAUGUAAAGAUCUGCGGAAUACGAUGCACAUUUUCAGAAAUGAACCUUUACCUAAUCUGUCUCAGGUACAGCUGAUGCUUGUUCAAAAGAGAUGCGUUGAACAGUACAUUGAGAAGAAACUGGAAAAUAUCAACGGAAUGUUUGAGACAAGAAACAGCGAGGUCAGAGUAUACAGUACGUCACAGACUGUAUCGAGAUAUAUAUCUGAUGUAUUUACACAGAGUCUCGUCGAGCAGGUCAUACGUCUCGACUCUGAAGCUACCCAAUUGGUAGAAUCUCCGGAAUGGAAAAAUAUAUGUGGUGAUCUGACUAGGACAGUGGGGGACGUUUUUGAGAUCGUCGUAGCGGAAGACAAGUCUCGUAUUGUAAUAGCUGCCACGGACGCUGUUAUUGAAGACGUGACAAAAAAGAUGGAAAGGAUCAUCAAAAACAAAACUGUGUAUGAAGACACUGUCAAUUUCCCCAUAGGAAUCCAUCGUUUCCUCACAGAGUAUAUGGGUAGUGAAAUAGACAAAGUUGCUAGAUCCCUUCAAGGGUAUUCUGUAGAAGUUCAUAAAGAUUCUGAACACUUUUCAUUGAAGGGAACUAAAGAUGGAUUGAAAAUUGUGAAGGAAAAACUAAUAACUUUUUCCACGUCGAUAGUGUCCGAUACAACCACGUUCAAUAGUCCAGGAAUUAUCAAAUUAUUUUUUUCGGAGAAAGGACGUGAACAGAUCCGGCAAAUUGGGGCAAAUGAGAGGUGUGUGAUAGAACCCAGAUCAGAGUACCCUAUGGACAUUUCAGAAACUCUCCCAGAUCAGCCAGGGAACAUGAGGCAUGACCAAUCAGGACGUUCUCCAUGGGACUAUUCACCGCCCGAGGUUGGUGUUGAGUCGAGUGCACCCAUUGAAAUAGUCAUCAUAGAGGAAGAUAUUACGACGCAACAGACUGACGUCAUAGUGAACAGCGCGUCACCCGAUCUUCAACUUAGGAACGGCUCUCUAUCCAAGUCCAUCCUUGAGGCUGCUGGAGUGGAAAUGCAGCACGAAUGUGAGGACAGGUACCCUACAGGGAUUCCAGCCGGACAAUUUGCCAUCACUGGAGGGGGAAAACUCUGGUGUCAACACGUAUACCACGCUUGUCUCCCAGCAUGGAAGGACGGGACGCAGUGUUGCAGGGUUCUCCAGGAAGUGAUCUCAGAUUGCCUCCAAGAAGCUUCACAGGAAGGACACAAGACCAUUGCUUUUCCAGCUCUCGGUACUGGUAACCUUGGAUACCCAAAUGCUAUGGUUGCCGAAACCAUGAUGGCGACUGUUGAACGGUUUAGCCAAGGCAAUCCAGAUUCAUCUCUGGAGGAAGUGAAGAUCGUCGUAUUUAACGACACUUCAAUAUUUAAGCUACUACAGAUCUUCCAACGACAGAAAAAGAAGACCGACGAAGAAAAGAUGAAGAUUACAGCCGUAAAAACCCGUAAAAACAGGAUCUUUGAUAUUGAUGCUAUGGAAGGAGCUACAGUCGAGGCAACUGAGGAAUACAGAAUCCGGCCUGCAAACAAGGUUUUUCUGCAUAUGUUCUCAGAUGACAUCAGGCACGUGGAAAAAGCUUUCAGCCUGUUAGAAACGUUUGUUAAUGAAGCAAUUACAACAAAAAAUAUUUCAGAUGACCAGCUGAAAAAUGCGAAUCCACGACAGCAGGAUAAAAUUCGGAAACUAAGUUCAAAGCACUGUAUUUCCGUUGACUACAACCACAUGUUUGGUAAAGUUGAACUACAGGGUCUAACAUCUGACGUGAUGGCAGCCACGGACGCAGUCCACACCAUUGUGAAGGCAAUCCUUCUGCAACAAAAACAGGAUGAGAAGGCAAAACUAAUCUCGUCAUACGCGAGGUGGGGAUACACUGACCUAUCAGGCGCAGGUGCGACUCAAGAUUAUGAUGUAAUCAUCAACCAAAAGAUUGAAGAUGCUCAUGUGAACGAGAAGCCGACUCUCUGCCUACCAGUCAUCGAUGGCAAGGUGUAUGUUCUUGAUUUGAAGAAAAUGGAGGAAUAUGAUCUGUAUAAUCGUGCAGAUAGAGUUCGUGUCAUCAGAAAAGAUUUAAGCAAAGGUUCAGCAUUUGAUGCACCUUCGCACUGGUGUCCAAUGCACACAGAAAGUGAACAGUUUGAAGUCAACAAAGAAACCACCGAAUAUACCAAAGUAGAGAAGACAUUUAUUGGCAGUGUCGGAAGAAAAAGAUCUAUCCUUAAGAUAGAGCGGGUUCAGACUCAAUCGCUAUGGCGACAAUAUGCAGCAAUGAAGCAGCGGCUAGAAAAACAGAAUCCAGGACACAACAAUGAAAAGGUCCUUUGGCACGGUACAAGCAUGGACGGCGUACCAUAUAUAGCAAAGAAUGGUUUUAAUCGGAGCUACUGUGGAAAAAAUGCGACCGCUUAUGGAAAGGGCGUGUACUUUGCUGUCGAUGCUUCUUACUCUGACAUGGACCAGUAUGCUGAACCAGACGGGCAGGGUCACAAACAAAUGUUCCUGGCCCGGGUCCUCACGGGGAUGUACUGUAAAGGGGCUGAACAAAUGAAAGUUCCACCGACAAGAGAUUCAAAGAAUCAAAUAUUAUAUGACUCUGUGGUGAACAAAGUCGACGAUCCUGGCAUGUUCAUCAUUUUCAAUGACACCCAAGCAUAUCCAGAAUAUCUUAUCACCUAUCGGUGAUACCUAAGACUAUCCAGAAUAUUACCCAUCAGUGAUACCCAUCUUGUCACCUAUCAAUGAUGGCCAAACGUAUCUAAUUUAGGGUAUCACUCAUCAGUAGCUUGUCCUUACAUCAGUGCCCUCUUCCAGUUGGGGGCACGUGUGGCCGAGUCGUCUAAAGCGCCGCGAUUCGCUGUGCAGAGUUGCGUCCCUUGGACGCGCCAGAAACCUAUGAUUGUGGAUUCGAAUCCCGGUUCGCCCCGAUUAUGUUU